AUGUACACCACCGGCGCGACCCAGGAAACUUUCAGGAAGAUGGCGUUAGCCAUCGAAGAACAGACCGAUCUUCUGAGGCAUAUCAGCGAGUCUACCCACAAACAAACAACGCUUCUAGAAAGACAGAAGAUAAUGUCGGCGGUGGAGCAAAAAGAGAAACUCAAGUUGAAGUACAAGCCAGAUUCAUCGCAUUUCAGCCUCGAGAUUAAUGAGGAUUACGUGAGCCAACUUGUCCACCCAUACAAUGGAACGGGCAAAGGAGUUCUCGAGCAUCCAAAGUUCACCAACUGGGCAAAUGGUGAAGGUGGCAUGCUUAUGCCAGAGCUCAGUCAAACUGCAGCCUGCUCCUUCUUCAAAGACAAUAAAGGACAGAGUAGCCCUAGGGUUGCCCUUUGCAAAGUCCUCUACGCAACCAUUAAAAAUUGUGAUAUACUGACAGAAGCGGCGGAUGACAAAGCCAACAGGCUGGAUAGGCAUGAAGUUAGUCCCGACAGCAGAGAUUACUGGGAGCUGCUGGAUUCCGUCACACAAAGCACACCGUCCGGGACACUAUUGAUUGUUAUGGAUGCACUUGAUGAAUGCGACCCGGAUCAGAGGCUGGGGCUUUUACAAGGGUUGAGAAACCACCGAUUGCUCUACCCAACGUCGAAGAUGAGAAUACUUCUCACAACUCGACCGGUUCCAAGUAUCAUGGAUAUAUUUGAAGACUCUAUUUUGAAUAUGGAUGACGACCCGUCCUGCCGGGAAUCCAUUAACGAUGAUAUUAUAAAUGUCUCCAGGCAACGUCUGCAGAAUUUUGCUGCUGGAAAGGGAAUAUCGGAGAGCACAAAGCAGGCCUUCCUCAAUCAGAUAACCGCUGGCAAUGACCGCACAUACCUUUAUGUGGAGUUGAUGUUCACAUAUCUUGAACAGCAACCUCGGCAACGUACCGGAAGGCACUGGGACCAGAAGUUUCGAGAGUCACCAAAUGACUUACAGCAAGGGGGAACUCACGGGUUUGAUUGA